AUGGAGCAGAGGACCAGCUUAGAUUCAAGGAGAGAGGACCACAUAGAAGAGAAUGAAUAUCAGGGAGCAUCCUUCAUCAGGAACAUCAGGGAGACAGACUGGCUACCACAGCGGACGAAGUUAAAUGAGCAAUGCGCGCAGGCGGCGGGCACCGGGCUCCCGCGCAGCCUGGAGCAGGCCAACCGCACCCGCUUCCCCUUCUUCUCCGAAGUCAAGGGCGACCACCGGCUGGUUCUGAGCGCCGUGGAGACCGUCGUACUGGCGCUCAUCUUUGUGGUGUCGCUGCUGGGCAACGUGGGCGCUUUGGUGCUGCUGGCGCGCCGACGGCGUCGCGGCACCACCGCCUGCCUGGUGCUCAACCUAUUCUGCGCGGACCUGCUCUUCACCAGCGCCAUCCCGCUGGUGCUGGCCGUGCGCUGGACGGAGGCUUGGAUGCUGGGCCCGGUCGCCUGCCACCUGCUCUUCUACGUAAUGAGCCUGAGCGGCAGCGUCACCAUCUUCACGCUGGCGGCCGUCAGCCUUGAGCGCAUGGUGUGCAUCGUGCGCCUGCAGCGCGGUGUGCGAGGCCCGGGGCGGAGGGCGCGGGCGGCAAUGCUCGCGCUCAUCUGGGGCUACUCCGCGCUCGCCACGCUGCCCCUCUGCGUCUUCUUCCAGGUUGUCCCGCAGCGCCUUCCCGGCACCGACCAGGAAAUUCCGAUCUGCACACUGAUUUGGCCCAGCAUUGCCGGAGAAAUCUCUUGGGACGUGUCAUUUGUUACUUUGAACUUCUUCGUGCCAGGACUGCUCAUUGUGACCAGCUACUCCAAAAUUUUACAGAUCACAAAGGCAUCCAGGAAAAGGCUGACGGUGAACCUGGCUUACUCGGAGAACCACCAGAUCCGCGUGUCACAGCAGGACUUCAGGCUGUUCCGCACACUCUUCCUGCUCAUGAUCUCCUUCUUCAUCAUGUGGAGCCCCAUCAUCAUCACCAUCCUCCUCAUCUUGAUCCAGAACUUCAAGAGAGACCUGGUCAUCUCGCCGUCACUGUUCUUCUGGGUUGUGGCCUUCACGUUCGCCAACUCAGCCCUAAACCCCAUUCUCUACAACAUGUCACUGUUCAGGAACGAAUGGAGGAAGAUGUUUCGUCGCUGCUUCUUCCUGGAGAAGGGAGCCAUGUUUACAGACACGUCUCUCAGAAGAAACGACCUGUCUAUUAUUUCUAGCUAAUUGAUUUUUCUCUAUAGGCAGAGUUUGUCACUCUCUGGCAAGCCAUGCAUGGUAUGUUUUCAAAGGGUGUUAAUUUCCAGGACCAUCACACCAGUGUACCAUAAGAAAAUGUAAUCUAUGCAAACACCCACUGACAGCACUAGUAAAUUAAGGGGUGAUCAUUCAGUAUACGAAUUUUAUCUUUUAUAAAAGGCUUUGUUAGGGGUUCCUUUAAUAUGAACUUUUUCAGUGUGUUUGUAAUAUGAUUGAAUUUAAUAAAUUUUUAUUUGUAACUGUUCAGCAAUCACAUCUCCUACAUACAAAGCCACACCUUGCUGGUUUCUGAAGUAAGUCUUGGAACCCGUCAAGGACCCAGAUUCCUCUGCUGAAUAGUCACAGUCAUUCUAGGUCCCCACCCUGGACUUGCAAAGCCUCAGGAUCAUUCAUUAACGUCAAGAACACUUGAGGAAUUUUCAAGGAAUCAUUAAAGGUAACUUUUUUUUUCAUUUAUAAGAAAUUCUAUGGACUCCUUUAGGAGAUGCAGUGUCAUGAAAUCUGAGCGACAAUAGGGUGACUCCAAAACGGGGGUUGCGAGAAAUGAUGUUGUGACAUAC